AUGCCCCAGAGAGAAAUGGUCACCCUGUACAACCCCAUUCAGAGCGUGGACAUCUCUCAUUAUUUUAACGGCCAGCAGUGGAAGGACUGCCAUGAGAUCCUGUUGGCCAAUUACAAUACGAAUGACAGAUCGGACUACGGCCUUGGCCUACCAGUCAUUUUCUCCCUGUGGCAGAUCAUUGAGAAGUUCAUCAAUGAGACGUGGUUUGAGCGCUACCAGGAGCCCAUCUCCAAGGGCAGCCUCACAGCCAUUUGGUCCGUAGCCGUCGCCAUCUUCUCUGUUGGGGGCAUCUUUGGCUCCUUCUCCGUUGGACUCUUUGUCAACCGUUUGGGAAGGAGGAACUCUAUGCUCAUUGCCAACAUCCUGGCCUUCAUCGCAGCCACUCUGAUGGGCUUUUCGAAGAUCGCGAGCUCCUGGGAAAUGCUGAUCAUUGGUCGUUUUGUAGUGGGCCUUUACUCCGGCCUCUCCACAGGCUUCGUGCCCAUGUAUGUGGGUGAGGUUUCCCCAACAGCCCUACGAGGAGCCCUGGGCACCCUCCACCAGCUGGGCAUUGUGGUCGGCAUCCUCAUUGCACAGGUGUUUGGAAUGGAGUCCGUCAUGGGAAACGAUGACUUGUGGCCGCUCCUCUUGGGCUUCACCUUCAUCCCUGCCGUUUUGCAGUGCAUCCUGUUGCCCCUCUGCCCCAAGAGCCCCCGUUUCCUGCUCAUCAACAAGAACGAAGAGAACAAGGCCAAAGCUGUGUUGAAAAAGCUCAGAGGCACCAACGACGUGAGCGCUGACAUGCAAGAGAUGAAAGAGGAGAGCCGACAGAUGAUGAGGGAGAAGAAGGUGACGAUCGCAGAGCUGUUCCGCUCUCCCCUCUACCGUCAACCCAUCAUGAUUGCCAUCGUUCUGCAGCUCUCCCAGCAGCUGUCUGGAAUCAACGCUGUAUUCUACUUCUCCACUCGUAUCUUUGAGAAAGCCGGAGUUGAGCAGCCUGUCUAUGCCACCAUUGGAGCCGGAGUAGUUAAUACAGCUUUCACUGUGGUGUCGCUGUUUGUGGUAGAACGUGCAGGACGUAGGUCUCUGCACAUGCUGGGGCUGCUGGGAAUGGCCGGAUCUGCCCUCUUAAUGACUAUUGCCAUGGCCCUGCUGGAUCAGCUCAAAUGGAUGUCGUAUUUGAGCAUCGUGGCCAUUUUUGCCUUUGUCGCAUUCUUUGAGAUUGGACCGGGUCCCAUCCCCUGGUUCAUCGUGGCAGAGUUGUUCUCGCAGGGACCCAGACCAUCAGCCUUUGCUGUAGCUGGUUUCUCCAACUGGACUGCCAACUUCAUAGUGGGAAUGGGCUUCCAGUACCUAGAGGAGCUGUGCGGCGCCUACGUGUUUGUCAUCUUCAUUGUGCUGCUGCUCUUCUUCUUCGUCUUCACCUACUUCAAAGUGCCGGAGACCAAGGGCCGGACAUUUGACGAGAUUUCAGCCGGCUUUCGCCAGACGGCUGCCGGAGGAGAGAAGCACUCGCCGGAGGAGCUCAACAGCCUGGGAGCUGAUUCUCAGCUCUGAGUGACUGUUUUUUUUACUUCUAACAAACUCUUUCUCAGACCAAGGAGUAACGAGAAGGGUCUACUAAGUAGAAGUAGACAGAUCCAUUGGUAGAAUAAUUUUCACACUGUCACCACAUUUCGGACGUCAUUACCAAACACAGAACAGCCCUGUGUGAUUCUCCAACAUGACGUCUUCUGCUGACUUUUUCAUGUCACACAAAGAAACAAACUCAAUGGGCACUAUGUCGCCUUAUGGAUGUGGAGAGGGGAGCUGAGGAUAGAUGGGGAAGGUUUUGAAUAUGUUAAAGAUAUUUUAAAGAAGAAAAAGGAGUGUCUGCAUCCCUCAAUCAACCUUUUUUAAACUUUUUUCACUGAAUAUAUUACUGAUAUUGUGCUUAUGCUCUGUUCUUUGUAGCAUGUUACAAUCAGUUUAUUAUCUGGUUAAAGCGCGCUGUAGCUUUCGAGAUCAGUUCACUGUGCAAAACACUUGUUUUUAUCAAUCAUACUGUAAAGCUGUAUCACUGUAGACCCAGCACUGUAGAUUACAGCUCAACUUUGUCUCUCCCCACCAGAUGGUGCAGUGCCCUUAAAAAAGGUGCCAGUGCUCCACUGAUAAGGAAUAAGUUAUUUUGUACCUUUUUAAAGCUACUGAGUACACAAAUAUGUCAAUGUAUUGCUGUGAGUAUUUUAAUUUUCCUAAUGAAAUUUAUGAACAGUAAUGCUCUGUAUUAUGGAGUAUUGUUGUUACUUAUUUACACAUGCUGGACAAUAUUUUACUCUUUUUAUUGCCCUUCUUUCUGAAAAUGUCAUCUAUUUCUAAGAUUUAUGGUCAUGAAGACAAAACAGACAACACAAACAAAUUAAUUUACCAUUCACAAUUUUUUUUCACAAUUCCUUUUUAGCCAAACAUUUAAUGAAAUUAAUAUUAAGAUGUUUCAAGAGGAGCAAUCUCCACAGAUCAGUACCAGAGCGCUGAACUUGGCAGUGAAGUUGAAAUAAAUAAAUCAUCCACCCAUUUUAACAUGACAGGAGAUAAGAACGCACUCACAAUCAGGCAGCCCCAAAACCAAAAAUCUCUCUCACAAAACCAGAACACUUGUGAGUUUAAGUGCCCAUCAAAAAAAAAAUCAAGCCGUCUCUGCCUUCAGCCUUUCAGCCUUAUCACUUUGGAGCAGUUUCAGGUCAGAUUGUCCUGAUCCCGACUGAAAGCCUCUGUUAGUGAGCGAUCUUCACUUUAUUUAAUUUGAGAUUACCUGUGGAGUUUCCAAGUCUGGUGAAUUGGCUUGUGAGCUGUCAGGAUCUUUUCACACAAAUGGGAGCUGCAGUGCUGCAUGCUCCUCCUCUUUAAAAACAACUGCAAAGCAUCUUCAGGAAAAAAAGAAAGAAAAGAAAUAAUAGGGACCAAAAUGAAUGUCAGGUUUUCAUUAUCCUGAAAGUGCUUGUCAACCAUCUUGGGUCGAACUCCCAGUGUUCCUUCCACUCUAUAAUGUCCAUAAAGUGUCCUAGGAGGUGGACAUGUGUUACUAUGGUGUAAGGCUUGUUUUGUGCCUUGUGCACUGAAUUCUUCAGUAUUGUUAGCUCUCUCUCUUUCUCUCUUUCGGUUGCGUACUGUUGCGUAGCUGGUGAAGGAAAUUGUAGUUUGGCUCAUGUUACCUUGCUGUACACAGCGCUGUCUAUUGAUCACCUGUUGAACCUUUCUUUUCUUUACCUGCGUUGUUUGAGGAAAGUUAUCUUUUUAGCAGCACUUUAUUAUUCGCAGUAAUAUUUCUUUGUUACUUAAACAAACUUUGAGGACGUUUCAGUCUUUUUUUUUUUUUAUUCCAGUUUGGAAUCUUUGUCACUGAAGAGAGACUGAAGUACUGCUGAUGGAUUACUUGAUGUAUUUGAAAUGGAAAUGUGUGGAAUUGUAUCAUUUGUUCAUAUCUAUUACGGUCUUGUAUGGAGCACAUUUGGGUGUGUACACACACACACACAGGUCAGUUGUGAGUAAAUAUAGUAAUAUUACUAGUCUAAUGAGAGCGUUGAUCCAAAUCCAACCCUUAAUCAUUCCAUAAUUAGUUGUUAAUUAUUGUAUAUAGUAAAUCAUUCUAGAGUAUCUUUUGUCAUUUGAUGGGUCACAUCACCCAUCCUGGAAAGCACUGUAACAUCCACUCUCUGUGCCUUUGCGUGGCUUUCACGUAUCUUCACCAGCAAAAUUGUGUAAUAGCACCAAAAGAUGCACUUCCCCACACAGACCGAUGUCUAUUGCAAAUAUCAAAACUGUAUUUUAUGUACAUAGAUUCACAAUUUUGCUUGGGCAUUGGAUUUUUAAUGUGGCCUGUAGCCAUUGAAAUCUCCUUAUGGCACACAACUUGAUGUAAAUAUGAAACACACUACAGCUCACCCACUCCAAAAUUUAAAAAAUGUUUAACUUUAAGAAACUUUUUUGAUAUGUAAACUAAUGAUUAGUACUGAGUAGUGAUGUACAUUUCUAUCCAUUUAGUUUAUGUACUCUUGUUCCCUUUUGAUUUUAAUUUUAUAUCUGAAGAUAUGUUGUGGCCUAAUACUAUUAUAAUAAAUCGAAUUCAGAUUUUACUUGUAAGUUGUGUGUUAAUGAGAUGUAUUCAGUAGUGUUUUCUUUUUAGCGCACAGAGCAUAUUCUAAUGUUUGUAAUAAUAAAAGAUCUGUGUGUAUGGUGUUGGAAUGUGAACCUCUGCUGGGGAAAUAUGAAUUGUGAUGGAUGGUGUCCUGAAUGGUUCUGCAAUCUUUUAUAACUGGUUUAAUAGCUGAAUAAAAGAAAUCAUGCAUACAGAUA